AUCAUCCGUAGCCAUUUUGGCUCAAGUGGGAUUUCUCCCCACGUGGGCAAACAUGAAUUCCAUGGCCAUUUACAUCGAGGCCACCUGGCCGAGCGCCGCGCCGUUCGAGGACCAGGGUUCUAUAUGCCCACGCGAUGGCGUCCGUUGCUGCCGCUGCUGAUGUUGCUCGUCAUGCCACAUCGUAGAAGUGAGGGUGCCCUUCAUCGGCGCGCUUGCCAGGUGUUGCACGGCGGACACGCACACCGGCCUGCUGCUCGGCAGCCUCUUUUCCUUCAUCUAUGUUUGCCUCCACGAGCUGCUGCACAUCACCACAUGCCAGUGGCAGCACCGACACCAGCUCCGCGGCCCCUCGUACCCGCUGGUCAUCUGCUACGACAGCGAGCUCGCCGCCGUCGCGAACUUCAUCAAGAACAUGCACGUUCGUCCUCCUGAAGGUGCUGGACAUCUUCCACCACUAGCUCCUGCCGCUCCACUCCGCGGUGGUGCUGGCGCUGGACCGCUAACCCCACUUGCCGACGACGAAGCACCUCUUGCUGCCGCUGGUGACGCUCGCCCGCGGCACAGCGGUGCUAACGACUGUGAUGCUGCUGAUGAUGGAGUUCUGCAUGAUCUUCCAAUUCGUGGCUCAGAAGUUCGAGCCGGUGAGGAUGGCCAUCCUGGAAAAUCUUUGCAUGAGGACGUUCAUGCUGUCCUGCCGCCCGGAGUGGCUGACGCUGCACGCCCCGAACACCCCGAAGCUGAUCUGCAUGACUGUCCUCGCGCCGCCCCGUCUGGAGUGGUUGCCGAUGUUCAUCUUAACCAUUUCGCUUAAGCUCUUCAUGAUGAUGCUCUGCAUGAAACUUCUCCUGCCGUUCCUUGGCAUGCUCCUGCGUCCGCCGCUGCUGGUGGCAAGCCUCUCCCGCUCCAACACGGUUUGCACGAACCUGCUCUCGCCGAUCUUCGGCACGCUCCUGCUACUGCCGCUACUGGUGGCGAACAUACGCACCAACGUCUUUGUCAACAUGCACAUGAUGGUGGUGGGGACCCCGCCGGUGCUCGAGAGCGCCCCGGAUCGACCGCUGUUGGUGCUCCUGCCGCCCUGAGCGAUCCUGUGCACACUGUUCUGCAUGCCCCUCCCGUUCCUCAAAUCUAAAGUUCGUCGCCAUAUUGGUGACCUGCAUGAUGAUACCCCCCUGGUCAAUGUGUUGAUGAUCCUUUGCGCGUUCACGCUGCUAGCGUCGCCGGUGGCGAACAACAUAUUCGUCCAGUUCUUCUGCAUACACUCGUUCCUGCAGCGUUUUCUGGUGCGCCUCAUGGUAGCGACGGCCCUCUGCACGUACCUGUUGCUGCCGACGCUGGUGGUGAUCUCGCGGUAAGGUCGUUGCGACGAUUCGUCUCCAUACGCCGCUACGUGUCCAAGCGGACGCAGCCGUUGCACAGCGCGUUGUUCCAAGAGUGGUGGCGGGUCAUGCGGCGCAGAGUUAUGAAGAACAAGCGCCCCUACUAUCGUCGCUUCGACGCCUGGGUGGACUUCACGAGGUUCACAUUGACUGAGAGCGAUAGCGAACGCAGCAUCGCAAACACUGGUAGUCCUGAAGUUCCCGUCACUCGUGCCGCCGCUGGAGCUGCUUACCUUUGCCCGCGCUGCUUCGACGCGCGCUCGCUGGAGAUGAGACCGCCCCCCAAGGGCGAUGCUGUGGCCAGCGGCGCGCGGGGCGGCGAGUCUGAACCAUACGUGAUGCCCGCUCAUGCCAGGUCUUCUGCCUCUGCUUCACCUCCCCCGCUGUCCUUCUUUUGGCGUCCCUCGCUCCCCCCGCUUCCGCCCAUCCCACCUUGUUCUUCUACUUUUCCGGAGCAACGAAUACACGUCACCCUUUGCGCGCAUCCCGCAGGUUCUAGCCGCAUCGAGUAACGCUGAACAUUCCAGCCAAUUGAAGUAGACGUAGCGGCUGCUGGCAGGGAGCGGGCUCGACUUGCUUGCCUUCUUCUCGUUUCUUGUCCGCUUGCCCUCGUCUCCUCUCUUUCAGUCACGUUUGAUCACCCCCA